UAUCAACGACGACGACGAAGAAGAAGACGAAGAAGAAGAAGAAGAAGAGCUUACAUGUAUUUGUAAAGAAUUAUUAUAAUAAAAAAGAACCGUUGUUAAAGCGGAAGUGUAUGCUAGUGUUAGCAUUAGCAUAAGCUGUUGCGCGAGGACGACUCAGUGUUUGCUUGUUGUUCGGACUCAGAUUUAAAAUGUUGGAACCGAACAGCUGCUGCUAGCUAACCGCGGUGAGGAGAGCUAACUGUUUUCAGCUGUUUUCUAUCAGAACCGAUUAUCUAAUAAAAACGGAACUAGUCCACUUCACCUCGGAAACAACCGGUAGAAAACCGGGAAACGGUCAGAAAAUAAGGCCCUGUCGUCUUUCCGAAGCUUCGGUGUCUUCAGCGGUGCCAUGAGCAGCUCUGUGAAUUAAGCUCCGCCUACUGCUGACAUGUCCUGUGUUCAGGCUCAGAGGAAGAGGGCGUCCACAGGAAAUCCUCUGGUUUCCAGAACCGGCACCAAGACCAGCAGAGCAGCCAACGCUAGGACAGCAGCUAGAAGGGUGGCAUCUGGUGAAUCUGCUCCCUCCACAGAGACCAUCAACGUGAUGGACAACCCUGAGGAUGGGGUGGAGGAGGUGGUGGAUCUCACCUGUGAGGCAUCAGAAGCUGCUGUGGUGGACCUGACGAGCAACGACUCAGUGAUGUUGGUGGAUGAAGGUCCUCUGAACAGGAGAGUCCCUGCGGGUGAAAGCUAUGUGCUGAGCAGUGAUGAAGAUGAUGACACCUCGCCUGCCUUCAAUGCUGCUGCUGUGUCCUCUGUGCACACACCCAGGUCGACUCCGGGGCUGAUCAGCUGUCCUGUCUGUCUGGACCUGUACUCUGAGAUUGUCGAGAGCGGCCGAUUGGUUGUUUCCACGAAGUGCGGUCAUGUGUUCUGCAGCCAGUGUCUGAGAGACGCUCUGACAUCAUCGCACACCUGUCCCACCUGCAGGAAGAAGCUGACCAGUCGCCAGUACCACCCCCUCUACAUCUGACGCCGCUGUGACAUCACCCCUCUGCCCUGCUACUAUUGGAUGCUGGCCCACUGUCAGUGACAUCAUCAGUGAUGUUUUGUUGCUGAAACUUUUUUCCUUUUUCUUUCCAUGGACAUUGAUUGAUUGAGAGUAUUUUGAUUUCUGCUCAGAGUUGAUGUUCGGCUCAAAUUUCUGUUAAUAAAGUUGAAAUAAAUUCUAUUUGAAG